AUGUGGAAGAUAUUUGCUACCGCGUACCCCGAGGAGUUCUCCAGGGUCGCGCACUAUCGGUCCAUGAAAAUUGGGGGUCUAAGACUCUCGCUCCGAGACUAUCUAGGCAUGGCGAAGAGCGAGACGUUGAAAUGGCGCGCCGUCUUGACGCUGGGAACGCUGUUCGCGACGAUCCCAGAGCUCGUGGAGAUCUCGGACGUUAGGAACCUGGUGGCUCUGGAGGUUGCGACUCAGGCGGGCGCCGUGCGUCUCGCGGACGAUCCCGACGACGAGGUGCAGACGACAGCGCUGAAUGAUCGCAUCGUGCGGACGUGGAGCGAGAGGGCGUGUACGACGGGGGCAUUGGCCCAUCUGCGUAUUCUACGCUUUUUCUACCAGGAGGAUCUGUCGAGGGCGGCGCUGCGUUAUCUGGCGCAGUUGCCGGCCCUGCGGUUCAUCGUUGCCUACGAGUGUCCUGGGCUUUCGGGCUGUACGCGCGAAGGCGAGGACUUGGAUGGCUGGGAGGUGAGUUCCUCUGAACCGUUGCUCUCUAAGGAACUCUACUCGUCGUAUCAGGCUAGUCUGGCUGGCGACGUGGAUUGUGAACCGUCCACCAUAGGAGCCAAUUGCCCUGUGUUGGAUUUCCAGCUGGGAGGCAGGAUGGAUUCUUCGCCGUUGACGAGUGCUCGGGGUCGGGCCAAGGUGUUAUGUUUACGACGCACCAGGGCAGAGGCUGGACGCUCCACGAAAAGGUUAAAAGUGAUGCGCACUCUUGAAGCUGGACCUCGGAAACCGGUGAUGAAGGAUCGUCGGGCCAAGGAUCUCAGCGAUGUGCUGGGGGAUUUGAUGGGGUAG